GAUGUUGGAUCAGGUGCACUCUUGUUUGAGGACAACAUCUCAACAUCACGUCCCUCCAAAGAGCAUUCAGGACGAACUCCCUUCAGGUUCUGAUGUCUCACCAGUGAAGUAUAUCAUGUAUAGGAGCAGCAUCAUGGUCCAACACUUUUACUCAGAACUGUAAAAUAUCCAGGCAACAUGGAAUCAAAGGCGACGUCAAUAACCAAUCAAACACAGGAAAUGGCUGUGCUGAGGCAGUCACUGAAGAAACAAAGGCAGGACCAUGACCAAAUGAAGGCAGAGAUUAAAAGACAGGAAAAAAGGAAAGAGACAAAACAUUAAUGUUCAAUGUGAAACUGGAUGAGGGGAUGAAGAAAGCAUUGGCUGAGGCAGAGGAGAGAAUCACCCGCUUGGAAGCCAUGACAACUGUUCAGAACAUGAUGUUCCACUCAGAAGGCAGGGAAGCAGAAGAUCACAGGCUCUUCACAGAAAAAUUGAUCGAGGAGAAGUUGUGGUUCCUCCCUAAGGCCCAGACUCGGGUGCAGGAGUCGACCCAGAAGCUGGACCUUCUGCGCCGGUCUCUUGAGACGUGUCAGAGGGAGGAGCCUGGGCCUGACGAUGUCACGGAUGGAUCUAUCGGGACCGCUCCGCUCUCCUCCUCCCACUCUACCUUCUCCAUCAGACCCGCUUCACUCACAGGGCAACUGGAGGUCCGGCUUCUGGGAUGUGACGGAGUCCUGGCCCCUGGCAUGGAUGGCUCCAUCAGCUCGGGUGAGAGCUCCUCCGCGAUGCCGGUUCCGCUGCAGAGCCAUGAGUCACAGAUGUGGGUUCUGUCCUGUGCAGAGGUCAGCGCUGCUCUUCGACUGGAUGGUCGCGCCGUUGGCCGGACGAGCUGGAGCGCCACCUGCAGGGAGAGCUGGAACCAGACGUUCCACAUCCAACUGGAGAGAUCUCGGGAGCUGGAGGUGGGAAUCUUCUGCCGGAACGUGGCGACAAUGUGUGCGGUCAAGUUUCUGCGGCUGGAGGAUCUGAUGGACUCGACACAGCUUCUGCAGAGCUUCAGUCUGGAGCCCAGUGGCCAGCUCUUUGCUGAGGUUCGGUUCAUGGACGCGGUGGUGGAGCGGCAGCCCAGACUGCGGCGACAACGUUGCAUCUUCACUAAAGAGAGAGGUAAAAACUUCCUGCGCGCAGCUCAGAUGAACAUGAACUUCGUCACCUGGGGGCACCUGAUGAUGAGCAUCCUCCCUCGCUACAGUUCCUUCACCACCUUCAGCUCGCCCAUCUUCACCUCACCUGUCAUGGAGGGCAGCCGAGCAACACAUCCAGCAGAGGGAGCACUAGAGCAGACAUCACCGCUGCCAAGUGAAGCUCCGCCCCUCACCAUCAGUGUGAGUGAGGAAGAGGAAGCACCUCCCACCUUCAUCAAGACCUCAUCCUCUGCUCCUCAAGACCCGACUGAGAUCCCAGUAGAGGACCAAGCAGAUGGACCUGCUUCUGAUCAGAAGAUGAAGGUGGAAGACUUCAGGCUGGUGUCAGUUCUGGGCAGAGGGCACUUCGGAAAGGUUCUGCUGGCUGAGUUGAAGAAAUCUGGGAAACUAUUUGCCAUCAAAGCUUUGAAGAAGAGAGACAUUGUGACCCGGGAUGAGGUGGACAGUCUCAUGAGCGAGAAGCGGAUCUUUGAGAUGAUCAAUGCCUCCAGACAUCCCUUCCUGGUCAACCUGCACGGCUGCUUCCAGACCAGUGAUCACGUCUGCUUCGUCAUGGAGUAUCUGCCUGGUGGAGACCUGAUGAUCCACAUCCACAGCGAUGUCUUCACGCCCGCUCAGACCCGGUUCUACACAGCAUGUGUGUUGCUGGGACUGGAGUUCCUCCACGAGAACAAGAUCAUCUACAGAGAUCUGAAACUGGAUAACCUUCUGAUGGAUGCAGACGGCUUCGUGAAGAUCACAGACUUUGGUCUGUGCAAAGAAGGGAUGGGUCACGGAGACCGGACCUCCACCUUCUGCGGGACCCCGGAGUUUCUGGCUCCUGAAGUUCUGACCGACGACAACUACACCCGGGCGGUGGACUGGUGGGGCUUAGGGGUGCUCAUCUACGAGAUGCUCGUGGGAGAGUCUCCGUUCCCUGGCGAGGACGAGGAGGAGGUGUUUGACUCCAUCGUCAACGACGACGUUAAGUACCCGCCGUCCCUACCUGCAGACGCCGUCAUCAUCCUGCAGAAGCUUCUCAAGAGAAACCCACUGAAGCGACUUGGAGCCGGUGAACAAGAUGCCGACGAGCUGAAAGGAGAGAAGUUCUACCAGGAGAUCGACUGGGAUGCGCUGCUGGCCAAGAAGAUGACCCCACCCUACCUGCCUUCCAUCCAAACCCGGGCUGACGUCAGCAACUUCGACAGCGACUUCACGCGCCUGCCACCGGUCCUUUCGCCGCCCGCCAAGACCGGCGAGCUGACGCCCGAGCAGCAGGAUGCGUUUGCAGGCUUCGACUUCUGCGCAGAGCUUGCGUGAAGGCUCAGCUCAGCCAAUCACAGAGGGUCGUUCAGCUCCAUGUCAACUUCCGGAGCGUGAGGGGGGGGUUCUGGUCAUUUUCCGACGUCUGCGUCUGUGUAUGAGUUUAAGCACUUUCUUCGCAGUUAUACCGUUACUGUUGCUGCUUCACAGCGCUACCCUCAAAUCCCGCCCUCACGCACGGAAACAACACACAUUGCACGUCACCUGAACUUGGCGCUCAUCCAGGAAGCUAAAUUGGAUAUUAAUUUUGGGCUUUGGGGAGGUACAUAUUUGAGCUGGUGUCGCUGCGGCCUUGUUUCAUUCACUUACGUCUCAAACCUUCGUUCACGAGGGGAGAUUUAUUUUUCUACGAUUGUUAUGUUGCAGUCGUCCCGCCUAUUUCCCGUGUCACUGUGACAGGCUCCGCCCACUGCCACAACAAAGCUACUUCUGUAAACGUUGGGUCUAGUGGCGGGUCGCUAGGCAACCGUCAAGCCAUAGAAGCAAGCGACACAGAUGUUUAUGAAUAAGAGACAGUAUUUUGUGAUGAAGAUGAUGACGAAGAUGUCAGCGCUGUAGUCGGUGAUGGUAGUCAGAGGACUAGCUAAAAUGCUGGUGGACAAGUGAAUGUAGUUACUAAUCUGAAAGUAGUUUUUGUCUUGGAAAGUUCAGAUUUAAUGCCAUGUAUCCAAACUUUGAGGAAUAUAAGUGAAUGUCAAAAAAUGUAAUUAAUUUUUACAAUUUCAGCGUGCAAAGUGAGGCAGAAUGGAAAUGAUGUCACAUAAAAUAUUGAACUUCAAAGAGAAAUGUAUGCACAUGAAUUAAAUGAUGGAAAUUAGCAAUAUAUCAUUAAAAUAUGAUUAAUCUCUUGUUCAAAAUAUCAUCUGUGAUGGACCAUCACAAACUCAAAACUCAUCAGAACUUUAGUGUUUAAUCCUUGCGUCAUGGAGAAAAAAAGUCUGAUUAACUCAGAUCAGAGAAAAGUUGUGCAAAAUAUUUUGAGCAAAAUUUUGGAAUUCUAAAAUAAAGAAGUAGAUUAAAAUGAAGUGUGACAUCACACGGAUGUUGGGAUGUACACUUAACAUAACUCAAAUGAAUUUGAUGCCAGUCAGGAGAGAAAAAAGUGUCGUGAACAUGACGCACAAAAAUAAAGAUUGCUUUUAUAAUCACAUCUAAGGAUUCACAAGUAAGAUUUUAAAAUGUGGUCACAGUUAAAUUAGAGAACAGGUCAGUUCAUAUGAUGAAAACACGAAGAGACUGAAGCUAAACCUCUGGAAUGCUUCGUCAAACCACACUCAAACCGUGGGCGAAUGCAAACUAAAAUGAAUGAAGUUCGAUUGCGGGCGAAGAGAAAUCGUGUCAACAGUAGUGAUCCUAGUUUAGUGUCAAAGCGAUGAGCGAGGGAAGACUUUGUUUCUCUAGAAAUCCAUAGGAGGUGGAAGUUGGUGGUGACCAGCUGCGUCCAUCGUACUAACGUCGCCACGUAGCCUUCUCGGGGUGUGCAGUCACUUUUGUCCACGUGAGCAAUUCUCUCAGCAAGUCUGAAGCAAGUUUCCCUUUAAAGACUGAAACAUGUCUGUCCAGAACCUCGGGAUUCAGUCGAGCUGUUGUUUUUGUGCGAUUGUUUUGUUGCCACUCAAACAAACCAUCAGCUGCGUGACGUUGAUCCAAGCUACAGAAUGUGUGUCCUGAUGCAGCAACAUCCUGUCCAUGAAUAAACGUGCAGUA